CGUCGUGAGCAGGUGUGAGGGGGCGUGUCCUCCUCCAGGAUGCUGUCUCCGGACUCCGCGGCUCCUCCGUUCCCGUUCGGGUCUUUGACUCAGAUCUUCGGCAGAUUAAAACCCGUUGGCGUGUUACCAGCUUGGAGUCGCUGGCUCCGCCCCCAAACUCACCUGACUGCUUCCUGCACCUGUGGACCCGCCCUGAGGACCGCACAAACCUGAGAUUCAGGUUGGAGGCAGAACCGGGAGCAGGUAGAGGAGAGGUCGGUCGCUGCUGCGCUGCCUCAGACCCGGCAGGACCCGCGGAAGUUCACCUGUCCUCAGGUGAGCGGAGACCAGAGCUGCUCUAGCGUCUGCAGCGGGGAUCCAGGUGAUCAGCUCCAACUGAACUCACCUGUCACACGAGGAACGCGCGCGCGCCGGGUUCAGCCGGACUUAGAACCAUGGCGGAGGCUCCAGAACUCUUUUCCGAGCAGGAGCUGACCUGCUCCAUCUGCCUGGACCUCUUCACCGACCCGGUUUCCACUCCCUGUGGUCACAACUUCUGCCAGGCCUGCAUUGGUGGCUACUGGGCGUCCAGCCAGGUGUGCACGUGUCCGCUGUGCAAGCGUCAGUUUGACGAGCGCCCACUGCUCAGCAUCAACAAAGUCUUUGCGCUCAUCGCAGACAAAUACAAAGAGGCGCACUACAGCGCCGCCGGGCUCCCGCCACCGCUCAGGAACAGUUUAUCUGUUGCUAUGAAGAUGGCAGAGGACAGCAGAAGCACCAACCCAUUUCUGUCACCGCCGCCGGAAUGUGAGAAGGUGGCAACCGUGGGCGGUGAGGUGGUGUGGUGUGACGUGUGCACGGGCAUAAAGCGUCCUGCAGUCAGGUCCUGCCUCACCUGCACCGCCUCCUACUGCAACGAACACGCGCAGCCGCACCUCACUACGCCGUUUUACUCCAAGCACCCCCUCAUGGACCCCCAGGAGGCCUUGAGGGGUCGCACCUGCUCCAUGCACCACCGCCUGCUGGAGGUGUACUGCCGGACGUGCAAUCGCUGCAUCUGUGCCAUCUGCGUUCUGGAGGAACACCGGACCCACAAAACUGUCUCGGUCCAGACGGAGCGGCUCAGCAAACAGAAACACAUGGCUCGGACGGAGCAGGAGAUGCUGAACCGCAUCCGGGAGAAGGAGGGCCGCGUGGGCGACGUAAAGAGGAGGCUGGAGGGUGUCCAGAGCUACACGGGCCGGGAGCGCAGCGAGGUGGAGAACCUGCUGGACCAGGUGACGGCAGCGCUGGACCGGAUACGGAUGCAGGUGGUGGGCCGGAUGGAGAGCCAGCUGGACCCUCUGGUGUCCAAGGGGGAGAGGCUGGUCAGCCGUCUGGAGGCGGAGCUUCGUCAGCUGAAUGAGAAACGGGCCGAGCUGGAGGUCCAGGCCAGCAGUCAAGACCACAUCCGCUUCCUGCAGAGUUUUGAAGAAGCCACAGCUCCUCUAGGGGAGGAGCAAGCGGACGAGGAGGAGGAGGACGGAGAAUUCUCCCUCCACUUCCCGUUGGAGGAGGUGAAGAGCGGCCUGGUGGAGGUGAAGGAGAAGCUGGAGGAGAUCCAGAUGGGCGACGGUCUUCCCAGCAGCUCCAGGAGUUCCAGAGACUCCAGAGGCUCCUUUUCUCCAGGGGACCUGAUGGCGGCCGAGAGCAUGAUGAGCCUCAGAGGGAGCACGGCCAGUCUGAGGAAGAGCCAGUGGUCACUGAAAGAUGUCAAGAGGCUCAAACAGGUGUCAGGACACAAGAAGGCUCGCGCGUACAUGGAGGACGUGACGCUGAACCCGGUGACGGCGUACCCGUUCCUGAUCCUGUCUGAGGACCGGAAGCAGGUAAAGCGUGGCGAGAAGCUGCAGUUCUUCCGGAACAGCCAGCACCGGUUCGACGUGUGGUCCUGCGUCCUCGCCAAGGAGGGCUACAGCUCCGGCCGACACUACUGGGAGGUGUUUGUGGGCGAGAACAAGGACUGGAAACUGGGCGUGGUCAGCGAGUCGGCUCAGAGGAAAGGCCUGUUUGACAUGAGCCCUGCCAACGGCUACUACGCCCUCUGGUGGAGCGGGAACCAGCUGCGCGCCCUCACAGCGCCCCCCCUGACCAAAGUGAAAAGUCACCACCCCAAGCUGCGGCAGGUGGGCGUGUUCCUGGACGUGGAGGAGGCUCAGGUGACCUUCUACAAUGUGAAGUCAGGCUCAGAGAUCUACAGUUUCCAUGGAAACGUGGAGUUCACCGACAGGAUGUUCCCGCUGCUGGGAACUGGAGACAAAGAGGUUCCUCUGAUCCUCAUGACCACGCAGCACCACCUGGCCUGACCACCAGGUCCGGACCAUGGCGCCACGACCAGGAUGAGCACGUUAAGGGGGCGGAGCUCGGACAUCAGAGGGACUGUCUGCUUGAGUGAUGCUGAUGAUUAACUCCUGCUCGGGAACACACCCCCAGACUAAAACUGAAUUUGCAUGAACCUUUUGCUUUCAUUCUGUCUGAUGAAGAACGAUGAUGCAGCUCAGAGAGAACCAGAAUCGAACCGAACCAGAGAGCUGGUGCAGUCAGAGCACAGACGAGGAACCAGAACCGUUUUUAUCUGGGUUUAUGUAUUUGUGUAACUCUGUAUCUUCAGGUCAUUAAACUAUUAAAUGCUUUCUGAUUCAG